GCAAUUCCCUUCUUUAACGACAUACACCCUUGUUAAUUUGGAGACUUCCCCUCAGCUCACGGAUCUUGGGCGCCGACAUCAAUUGCAUUAAGGCAUCCAUGCAUGAGCGCCAGUUCUGGCCAACAGGGUUCAGGCAAACAAAGUUUCGACUUGCUGCCUCCAGAUCAUUUUCCUAAUCUGCUGUGAAUACUACUUUUCAGAAUGCUACCUUAGAUAUCGAAAUUCUUGAAAUUCGACCUAUUCCGCCAUUUUGGUUCUCGCAUCUCAACUUCUGAAGCAACAUGUUUUCUACGAGGGAUGACUCCCAGCAAUCCCUAGCGGACCUCGAGAACUAUCUGGACCAAGGCCCACACGCAGGCCCGCGAAAGUUAUCAGAGAUAGCGUCGUGGCUGCAGCUUCUAGAGCCAACGGGAAGCUCCGAAGCUGAUGUAAAGGCUGUCCAGCUUUUGGGUACCGCAGCAGGAAAGCAGUGGGACGAGCAACGCGUAUGGCAAGAUCUGUUCCGGGAGCAUGAGAUUCUCGCAAGUGUGCUACACAACCUCGACCCUUCGACAGAUUGUGUUGCACUCAACAACCAGUACCUGCGAGUUAUUGGGAACUCGGUCGCUUACAAUGACUCGAACCGUGAAGAAGUUGUCAACUUUUUCACAAAGAUCGUGAGCUGCCUGGGGCAGAAGGAACUUAGAAGGACUGCAUUAGCGGUACUAUACAAUCUCGGCCAGGACUACGAACCUGCCAACGUUCAAGCAGCGGAAGCCAGACUUGACCGAACCAUAACACAACAAUUGGCGGCAGACGACAUUCCUGAAGAAGCCAUCGACUUCGCAACAACAAUCAUCAAUCGGACUACAGAGAAGCUUACCCCGGCACAGUUAGGAGAUGAAACUUCCAUGGCAGUCUUCGACGAUAUUCUGCGCACUGCAGCAGAGUACGACGAGGAUCACUGUCAGGACUAUGUGGCAUUGAUCGUCCACUACUUACAAGAUCCGGAAUUUCAGCAAAAAGUCGCACGCCCCGACGUUGUGCAAAGACUUCUAGAGCUGUUGCUUGACCUUGAGUUCAAUGAGCUGACCAAGGAUGAAGUGCUGAUUGCUAUGCAAGAAUUGGCCACGCAGAACAACCCGAAUGAGAUUGCCUCCGAGGAAACAAGCGUAAUACUCAUGGUCCGCCUAGUGAACUGUGUGUCUGCCUUGUCUGCGACCGACGCCUUUGUUAAAAGUUUCACAUUGGAGUCUCGAAUAGUACACAUAUUGAAGGAGAAGCUUGUAUCGGCACAAGCGAUGCCAUCCACGGUGUGCGCCUGUGUCAUGUUGGGUAACAUUGCGACUUCGGAUAGCGUUUGUAUCGAUAUGGUCCAGAAGUUGGGCUUGCACGAAGCGCUGAUCAAGAUCCUCGCAAUGCGCAAAGAGCAAGCACUUCUGUACGCUGCUGCCGGCUUCAUGCGACACCUUACCUUUCCCGAAUCCAAUCGACCGAUUCUAGGAGCAGCUGGGCUUGUUGAAACUUGCUGCCAUCUGUUUGGCAAUAUCCAAGAUCCUGCCGUCCGUGGAGAAGGAGCAGCCAUCCUCUGCAAACUAGUAACGAACUGCUUGCCCAACAUUGACCAAGUAGUAGGCAAAGGUCUGCCGGCAAAUAUCAUGCUAGCUCCGCUACCAGACGUCCCAUUUCCCGGGAACCCUAGAUUUCUCCACCAUAUCGUCAGACAGGCAUUGGCACCAUCGGCACCGCUGCCCAGUACAUCGAUGAAGAACCCCAUGAUUGAGCUUAGUCGAACUCUAGUUGCCAUAUUGCGGUAUAUCCGCCGCCCAGCUUCGGAAGGAGAUUUGGAAGAGUUGACGCGCUGUUUCUUCGACGUCCCUGCGGUGGCCCGACCACUUGCUAGAUUAAUUCGGCAGCGUUUCUACGCCGAUGCACGAUCUGAAGGUCUGCUGGGGUUGGGGCUUAUGGCACAGACUGCGGAAGGUGCAGCGUGCGUCAUUGAAGAGAUAAAGGUAGAUACAGGUCUGCUGGAUGUCAUCAAGGAGUUUGCAGGCGAGCAAAGAGGCGGUGCGCAGAAGAGCAAUGAGAGCGCCGGAAGGGACUAUCAAAAUGCGGUGGUAUUGUUGCAUGGUCUCGCUACAAACGGGGGAGACGGCAUGGAUGCGGCUCUGAGAAGCGACGUGGAGGGAUUGCAGAGAGAGUUGAGCAAACUCAUGGUGUCGUGAGACGAACUUGAUCUGGCUCAAGAAAGACUGGAGAGCUUUAAAUCAGAUAGACUUGUUUGUACCCAAAGCACUUG